AUGUAUAUUCCAGAUGACAUAAAUGUAUUAGACAAUGUGCGUAUUUUGUGCCGUGAAGUUGAUUCAUUAACUUACGUUUGGACUACGAAGAAUAAAAUUGACGGUGUUAAAAUAGUUGUGGAAUUAAUAUCUCACGAUACUAUGGACACUCAUUUGAUAUUAGAGGCGAAUUUGACAAACAUUCGAUUCAACAGUCUAAAGCCAAACACCGAGUACGCUUCUAGAUUCCGGAAGUUGAUCAACGGCACUACGUAUCACGCAGCGGAUACGCAAGUCCACAAGACGUUGGACGUUGGACAAAAUAAAGGAUUGGUGCACACGAUCAACAUUUCCAAUUUUACAGUGACGAGCGAUUCUACACUAAACACGUCACUCACCUGGACGCCGUCUAAUGAUAUGAAUUGUCACUACAAAAUCAUUUACCACUCGAACUGUGUAUCCGAAGGGUUGACAACUCGUUAUGUGGACGUCAAAGAGUCGUACGCUUACACAUUAAACGCUUUGAUUCUGGACAGGGCAUACACGCUCGCAAUACAGCCGUACUAUAAGUUCAAAAAAAAGUCGUCAAUCACCAUCUCCGGCACAAAGGUAGAAUUUAUAUUCUCAACGCCGGUGUGUAUCGAAUUCAACAAUUUCAAUUUGAACUCGUGUCCUCCGGGGGAACCGUACGACAUUAAGCUGUCCGACAAACCGUCAGUGGGGAGCACUCAUAAGGGCAGAUAUGACGCCCAGGUGAGCUGGAAAAGUCCGAACACUGAUGGCCGGGGCGUAGACUACUUCACGGUCAAGUUGGACAAAGAGGCGAAGAACGUGUCAGGCAAGGACUACAUAAUUGCGUCACCGAACACUGUGAAGAAUGCAUCGGGCGUCUCUGAGUACGUGGCGUCGUUCUACGACAUACCGCUUGGCGACAGGUGCUUUGCUAGUGUGCAGGCAUUUUCACGCAUCGGCCAAAGCCAUUUUUUCGUGGUGCUUCUGCAGCGCAGCAUCAACGGGACCGAUUCCACCACGAUCUCGCCCCAAUUAUUGUUCUAUCCGCCGUGGACGACGGUCACGCUGCUCGGUUUGUUGGUGUUCAGCGCGGCGUUAGUCGUUGGGCGGCGCUUGCACCGGCGCGCGGUGGCCGGCUCGGAUUGCGGUAACAAUAAGGGCGGUGCGUCGGCGGACGGUUAUGACAUGACCGUGCUCAAAGGGCUAGACGACUUGGACGUGUUGCUGGACGAUGACGCGAUCACCGUGUCCGACGUGUUCCUGGGUCACGGCCACUUCGGCGUGGUCAGGAAGGGCACGCUGAAGACGGCCGAUGGCCGUAUGUGUUCGGUGGCCGUCAAGUCACUCCGGGACCGACCCAGCAGCCGAGACUUGGACGAGUUUUUACGUGAGAUACUGCUCAUGCAGAAGGUAGGCAAGCAUCCGAACAUUGUGUCCAUGAUCGGAUGUUGUCUGGAUGCCAACCGACGAUGCAUGCUGGUCGUCGAGUACUGUCAGUUGGGUGACUUGCAGACUUACCUGAGAAAGGUCAGCAUCAAAUCGUGGUACGCCAACGACUUUUACGUCGGCCGAACGAAUCCGGCAGAGCUGACUGCUGCAGCGAAUAGCAAGGUGGUCGAAUCCAUGCAGGACACGACGGGUCCGCCACCACCGAUGGUCGUCUUCAACAACUGUUACUUGUACCACGGCGAUGAAAACGUAUUCCUCACGGUGGAUGACUUGUUGCGUUUCGCCAGCCAAGUGGCAAACGGCAUGCUGUAUUUGGAAAACAACCGAGUCGUGCACAGGGACUUAGCCGCCCGGAACGUACUGCUCAGCGACCAUCGCACGAUAAAGAUUUGUGAUUUCGGCCUUAGCCGGGACGUGUACGAACAGAAUCUCUACCAGAAGUCGAACCGUGGAGAUCCACUUCCAGUCAAAUGGAUGGCCCUGGAGUCACUCAAGUACCAGUUGUACACCACUCAGAGUGAUGUGUGGUCGUUUGGUGUGCUUCUCUGGGAAAUCAUGAUGUUGGGAGGGUCUCCGUACCCGACGAUAAGUUCGUCCAGGAUAUACGAAGAAUUGCGCAGUGGUUACCGUAUGCCUAGGCCCACUUUGUGCUGUUACAGUUUGUACGAAGUCAUGCUUGCGUGCUGGCAUGCGAACCCGGCCAACCGCCCGAAGUUUGGUACGAUAAAAGAUACGAUCGACGGUAUAAUGGAAAAUCAAUACUCAUAA